AUGGCAACUCUUAUCCGCAUCCUCUUCUCCUGCUGCCUGGGAGGCCGUCGCAAGGAGGACGAUAAUGGCGAGCGAGAGCGGCUGCUAGGCCCCACGGGCGUUAAUGGGCUGAACACUGUCCAGUACACGACCCUAGAGCCCACUCCGCGCGAUACCGAAGACGAGCUGAACCAAAAAGUCGCAGACUUGGUCUCGAACGGGACAAACCGAAUGAUUGGAAUUGGGCCCGGACGUUUCCAGCCGCCUUACUCGUCCGUCUCGGCUCAGCUCAGCAGCUCACAAGCUCAUCUUCACGCGGACACAGCGCACAUUGACUCGCAGCAGUCGAGCCAUUCGAGCCCACACUCAAGCUUGCAGCCCAGUUCCGCCUAUCCACACGCAAACUUGGAGGCACAGACGUCCGAAGAUGGUGCCUUCAACGCCAGUCAAUCCGUGACGUCGCUUGCCCAAAACAACCCCUCUGGUCCGAGUGCUCUCGCUCCCUUGGGCUUUGGCACUGGCGGCGCAGGCGCAGGCGCUCCUACUGCUAUUGGCCGACGCUUCCAAAUCCAUCGAGGACGCCCACCUACGAGGAGGGGUGCGGCCGAAAGUAACGACGUUGGGACAAGGACCCAGGCUAAUGGCGUGCUGUCACCUGCUGAGGCAGCUGACGAGCAUAUUCGCACGUCCGAAGCAUCGCCGUUGCGUACAGCGGAUGUCGAUCCACCACCAACCCCCUCGUCGCCCCCCCUGCGAAUAAAGAGUGCACAAGGUGAAUCGGCAAGCCGAGAACGAGUGAGUAAACCUUCCAUUUUCUUUACCCACUUCCUCCCCCUUUUUUGUCCAGAGUGGUCCUCAUGUGCUUUUUCGCAUACGACGCUCCUGUCAAAACUCUGCCCAUGCUUCCGGCUUCAAUACAUGCCGCUCGACCAGACACCUGACGAUAAUGAGAAGAGGCAGGUUCACUUCAAGCUACCACCACAAAAUGAUCUCCUUGUCGAAUUCGAUCCGUGA